GGCGAGUGCGCAUUAUUCGAGUCGAGCUCGAGCGAAAAUAGGUCGUUAAAUAUUUUAAAUAUAUUUUUUUUUGGAAAUUUGAAGCGUUUGAGAUGGUUUUUGGAGUUUUAUGAAUGGCCUCGCCGAAGCUAUGGGGCGUCCGCGCCGCCCUGCAGUUCCUCCACAGGACCGCCAAACUGAAAGAAGAAUCCGACGAGCGGCGCAACGACGAGACCGUCCUCCGCGCCCUCUUCGCCACCACCGCCGAACCCCCCGACCCCGAUGACCCCGCCGACCGAUUCAUCGACUGCGGCCCGUCCCCGCCCGCCGACGACGUCCCCUUCAUCUUCGACUACAACUACGAGCACCCCUACAACGAGACCGAGAUCAAGAUCUGCUACCACACCAUCGAGCGCAACCUCCUCGACCACAUGGACAACGUCUUCGGGCGCGUCCAGCUGCUCGACGACAUCCGCGCCGGCCGCAUCGCCGGCCCGAACGCCGCCGAAGCCUUCUUCGGCGCCCGCCGCAUCGAGACCAACAUCGCCUUCCUGUGGGCGGCGCUGAUCGAGCGCUGGGACCUGCUCGAGGCGCUGCUGCGCCUCGGCGCCGACCUCAACUACCACGAACCGGCCCAAGGGCUCGGCGCCUUGCAUUUGGCGGCGUUCAACAACAGCAUCGCCAGCAUGCAGUUUCUGGUAGCCAAAGGUUGCGACGUCAAUUUGCUGCAGAAGUUCUAUACGCCUCUGCAUUGCGCUGCGUUCGGCGACAGCGCCGAGGCGGCUCUGUUCCUCAUCAAGCGCGGCGCGCGCAUCGAUCAGCUCACCAACAGCGUCUACGAGGUGAAAGAGAGCGCCCUACAUUGCGCCGUUAGAGCCAACGCCGUCAACUGCGUGAAGAUGCUGGUGAUGCAAGGCGCCGACGCGCAUUUCCCCGACUACUCGGCGGUGCAUCUAGCCGCCGAUUUGGGCAACGCCGAGUGCCUGCGGCAUCUGCUCGACGCCAAAAACGCCCGCGUCGAUUCCAAGACCAAGGAGCACCAGUACACUCCGCUGCAUCUGGCCGCGAUGGGCGGGCACGCCGAGUGCCAGGAGAUGCUGAUCGAACGAGGCGCCGAUUGCAACGAGAAGGACCACAGGGGCCAGACGCCGCUGCACUUCGCCGCCCGUACGCAGAACGUCGAUUGCUUGGAGCUGCUGCUGGGGAAAGGCGCGGCGAAUCCGAACGCGGAGGACUUCGACAGAAGGACGCCGCUGCACGCCGCCAUAGGGAAAUCGAGCAAAUCCAGCCAGAUCAUCGAGUUGUUGAUACUGAACGGGGCGAAUCCGAACGUGGGGGAUCAGUACGGCUACGCGCCGUUGCACGUCGCCGCCUUGAAGGGGCUGUCCGAGUGCGUGGAGGCGCUGAUUUACUACGGGGCCGACGUGACGGCGAAGACCAAAUGCGGGAUGACCGCGCUGAGCAUCAUCAGAAAGAAGGUGCCGCUGGCGUUCUCGAUGUUCACCAAGAAGCUGGACAACGCGGUGUCGUUGCACCAUUUGGACUCGUCCAACGAGCUGGAGCUGCGGCUGGACUUCAAGGUGAUACUGCAGAACGAUCAUCCGGGCGAGGUGAAUUUUUUGUACACUUUGGUGGAGGAGGGUUACAAGACGGUGUUGCUACAUCCGCUCUGCUCGGCGUUGUUGUACCUCAAGUGGGAGAAGAUCAGGAAGUACUAUUUGGCGAGGAUUUUGUUCUACUGCAUCUUCGUGAUGAGUUUAUCGUUGUAUGUACUUACAGCUCUGGCGCAUCAUUGUUAUAAUUACGGUAAGAACUUCAACGAAAUGAAGCCCGAAGAUGUGAUAGAGCUGUGCGAGAAAAAAUCGAUACUAGGCAGGGUGCUGAGAGACAGCCCGUUCGUCAUCGAGAUGCAAUGGUUCGUACUAGUCGGCAUCACAUCGCUGGAGAUACUGAGGAAAUUGUACGGCUUGGGCGGCUACCAUUCGACCUUCCAGUACUUCUCCUACGCCGAGAACAUCAUCGAAUGGAGCAUCGUGUGCAGCGUGUUCGUCAUAUCGUUCAUCUACACGGGCAGGACGUACCUGUGGCAGAACCACAUCGGCGCCUUCGCCAUACUGCUCGGCUGGACCAACAUCAUGCUGAUGGUGGGCCAGCUGCCCAUCUUCGGAUCGUACGUGGCCAUGUACACGCGCGUCCAGAGCGAGUUCGCCAAGUUGCUGUUGGCCUAUUCGGGCCUCUUGAUCGGCUUCACUUUGAGCUUUUGCGUCAUUUUCCCGGAUUCCAAUUUCUUCGCCAAUCCGUUCAUCUCGUUGAUCAGCAUUAUCGUCAUGUUGUCGGGUGAAUUGAACCUCGACAUCUUGGUGGAUGAUAAUCCGGACGAUCCUCAUUAUCUACUCGAAUUCAGCGCUCAAGUCACCUACGUUAUAUUCGUACUAUCCGUCACGAUAAUACUGAUGAACCUACUAGCCGGUAUAGCUGUAGACGACAUCAAAGGUCUGCAAAAAACCGCCACUCUAUCGAAGCUAGUCAGACAAACGAAACUGAUAUCGCACAUGGAGAAAGGCCUCUUCAACGGCGGCCUGCCCAGGUUCUUCCUGAAACGCCUGCACGUCUCGGCCUUGGUGUCCCCCAAGCCCUCCAAGGUCGUCCUCAACGUGAAACCGUUGAACCCGAAGGAGACCCGGCUGCCCAAGCAGAUCAUCCGCGACGCCUUCGAGGUGGCCCAGAAGCAGAAGCACUUCCAGAACUCCAUGCACACGCCCAGCGAAGGGCUGGGCUACUAUUGGUUCAGCAACGACGACCACAAGGCGAAGUACUGUUGCCUGAACAACGAGUCGUUGGACAUGAUGCAGGAGGAGAUGGGCAAGCGGAACGAGGAGAUCGCCUACUUGAGAGAGGCCGUGCAGGACAUGCGCAGGGCGUUGCUCGAGAACCAGGAGACCAUGCAGGAGUUCAUGAGGGUUUUGAUGCAGAAUAGGAGAGGGAGUAAAUGUUGAAGUUGUAGUAGAUGCGAAAUAAAACGAGUUUUUUUUAUAUCUAGAA